AUGGGAGGAGCUUAAUCCAAUAGAUAAAGAUCUUUAAUUAGUUGUUUAAAAUUUUUAAUAGAAGAUAUUGAGUUAUAUGCAGAUGAAGAAUUAUUAAAAUAAUUGAGAGAAAUCUUCAUAAAAUUUCCAUACAAUUUUAAAAAAAACAGGUAACUUUAAUGUAUAUUAUUUUUUUAGUAAGAAAGUAAUACAAAUUCUAAGUAAAUCUAUACCACCUCAAAUAAUGUAAUUUGAAGACAUUUUACUUAAUAAUAUAAGUUCAGUUUUUUAAUGCUCUUUAAUAGCAAAUAAAAAUAAUUCAUAUAAAUAAAUUGAGAAUUAUAAUAUAGAUUCAGAUUUUGUAAGGAAUUUUAGAUUGAUGAAUUUUGAUAAAUUAAAGUCAAAUUAUGAAGGAGAAUAUGAAAAUUCAUUAAUAUUACUAUAUUAAGGGCUUAAAAGUUAUUGUUCAUUAGCAAAUUAGAUUAUCAAAGAACUAAAAAUCAAUAGUUUAGCAUAAUGUUAAGUUUAUGUUUUGAUUUGGGAACAUUUCCAAAAUAAUUUAAUUAAAUUUUCUAAGGAUCCAGAUUAUGAUUUGAAUCCAAUAAAUAAAUGUUUUGAUGAAAAAUUUUAUAAAUUAUUUCCAGAAUUAAAAAUUGAAAUAAUUGGAGCCAAGUUAUGGGGAAAUAUGGUUUAAUAAUUAGAUGUUAAUUUUAUACUUGAUGAAUUUUAAAAAGCAAGAAGAUCCAAUAAAUAAUCAAGAAUAUCAUUCAAUCAAAUAUUUAAUGCAAUAAUUGAUAUUAAUAUUGAUGUUGCUCAUUUAUAAUGGAUAGGAAGAAGUGAUUUUUAAUUUUCUGAUUAACUUAAGAAGAUUGUUGAAUUUAUUAGAAAAGAUUCUGAAUAAUUAAUGGAUGAUCUCUAUUUGAAAUCUGCUGGUCAUUUAAUGAUUUUUUUUUAAAAAUGGGAAUAAGAUAAUUGUUUUCUCAAGUCUGUUUUACCAUUAUGGAUUUGUGAAAACUAUUUUGAUAAUCUUUUCUUUUAAUUUAGUGAAAAUAAAAUUUAAGAAAAUUUUAAAUUACUUUCUUUAGUUGAAUAAAAAAAAUUAAUUGAAUAAUACUCAAAUUCAGAUAGUCUUUCUCAACCAUUAAGUUUUAUAGAUGAAUUUUAAUAAUCACUGAAUUCAAAAUGCUUUUAAUAUGAUGAUUUCUUAUAAAGAAAUUCUGAAUAAAUUCUAAUUAAAAUGAUCAAAUGGUUGAAAGAAGAAAAAAAAUUUAGUGAUAUUCUUCAAAUAAGUGAAAGUACGUAAUAAGGAGGCAGUGCUGCAAUAAAUUUUUAAGAUAUUUAAAAUAUUUUAUUUGAUGAAAAUAAUUAAGAUCAAAGAAAUUCUGAAUUUUAAAAAUAAAGUGUUGUUCAAUCUUAAAUUCAAUAAUCAUUAGAAGAAGAAGAUGAAAUUGUUAAAAUAUGCAAAAAAUAUGAUUCAAUUAAAAAUUAAAUAUAAUCAAGUAUUUAAUAAAGAGAUGAAAAUAUUAUGUUUAGAAAUAGAGGAUAAAAUCCUAUUUCAAAUGAGUUUAUUGACUUUUUCAGUUUCAUUAAACCAAUGAAUGAAAACUAUGCUAAAGAAAUUAUCAAUUAACUAGGAAAAUAGAAAUAAAAUGAAAAAGCAUUAAUAAAUUGUGCUUUAAAUAGUAAUAUAGAAUUUUGUAAAGGAUCUAUGGCAGCAGAAUUAUUAAAUUUCAUCAAAUGA